AUGAACGACUUCGAGCGCGUCGGCCGCAACCUCGUCCGCACCUUCUACGACCCCCUCCCAACCAACGACGCCAACGACCCCAUAUGGCUGCUCGGCGAGCGCUACGACCCCAAGCCGCCGCUGCUGCUCGGCUCCACGCCUAGUGAUGCGGCUGCCUCGACCCCGCAGAACGAGCGCGGCGAGGACGAGAGCUGGAUCAGAACCAGCGUCGACGACACAGACCGCAAGGAAGCCCCCAACGGCCAGGACCCCGCCCAGUAUGGCGGCUGGCCCUCGGCGUUCCUCGAUGACUUCGAGUCGCGCACAUGGAUGACCUACCGCUCCGGCUUCGCGCCCAUACAGAAGAGCCAGGACCCAAAGGCCACCGCCACCAUGAGCUUCCGUGUGCGCAUGCAGAACCUCGCCUCCCCCGGUUUCACCUCCGACACGGGCUUUGGCUGCAUGAUCCGCAGCGGACAGUCCAUCCUCGCCAACGCCCUGCAGAUGCUGACCCUGGGCCGCGACUGGAGAUGGCAACACGACACCACCAACCCCGACCACUGCGCUAUUCUGUCGCUCUUCGCAGACGAUCCAAGGGCUCCCUUCUCCAUACACCGCUUCGUCCAACAUGGUGCUGCUGUCUGCGGCAAGUACCCAGGCGAGUGGUUUGGCCCCUCGGCAGCCGCGCGCUGCAUCCAGGAUCUGGCCAACAAGCACAAGGAAGCCGGCUUGAACGUCUAUGUUUCUGGCGACGGCGCAGAUGUGUACGAAGACAAGCUUAAGCAGAUCGCCCUCGACGAGGACGGGCGCUGGCGGCCUACCCUCAUCCUUGUCGGCACCAGGCUCGGUAUCGACAAGAUCACCCCCGUCUACUGGGAGGCGUUGAAGGCUGCUCUGCAGAUGAAGCAGAGCAUCGGCAUUGCAGGCGGUCGCCCCUCAGCAUCACACUACUUUGUCGGCACCCAAGCCAACACCUUCUUCUACCUUGACCCCCACAGCACGCGGCCCUUUCUACCGUAUCACGCCUUACCCCUGUCCUCGUCCUUGUCCUCAUCCUCAUCCUUGUCCCCGUCCUCGUCCACAUCCCAAGACGAAUCGAAACCCGACGCACCCCUCGCAGCCUCCACAGAAUCGCGUACCACCAUCACCGAUUCACAAACCACCGUGGUCCCCUCUCCCAGCGAAGCCGCCUACACACCCGCCGACGUGGCAACCUGCCACACCCGCCGCAUCCGGCGUCUGCAGAUCCGCGAAAUGGACCCUUCGAUGCUGCUCGCCUUUCUCGUCACCUCGGAGGAAGACUACGAGAAGUGGAAGGAGGGCGUGCAGAGUGUGCAGGGCAAGUGCGUUGUGCACGUGCAAGACCACGAGCCCGCGCCGAGGGGCCAGGAGAGGGAGGGCGCCGUGGAUGAGGUGGAGAGCUGGGACGAGGACGGCCUGCAGUAG